AUGCGAGAUACCAUUGAACAUGAUGCUAGUUUGCCUACGUUUAUGGUUGGAUAUAAAAACGGAUUCUUGCCCAGACAGGAUCCCCUGGUCCGGUUGCCCGACCAGUUUUGUAUUCUCGAUCAUUUAUUACAAAAAAUGCCGAUCCAACUACCGGAUGGCGAACGAGGUUUAUUAGCAAAAGGAGAGUUAGGAGAAGCUGUAAAACACCUGCCUUUAUAUGAUGUCAGCGGUAUUUCGGAUCAAAGACUUCUUUCAGCGUAUCUACUUGAACCGUGCGAUAUCAUGUUUAAAGAAAAGAAAGAUUAUGGUCUAGGUCGUCAAAUUUUGCCAAGGAACAUUGCAGUUCCGCUAACAAUCAUUGCUAAGAAAUUGCACGCCUUUCCUUUUAUGGAGUAUGCUCUUUCGUAUAG